AAUUGAGCUGUUAAUAAUUUUGGAAGCAGUGGGAACGACAACGUUUCAUAGGUAAACAAAAUCCUCUGAUGAAAAAGUAGAGUUUACAGAGCGAAGUUGAUCGCCAUCACCUAACUGUAUAAACCUAACUUCGAAUCAUCCUCAGAUAAACAAAAUCAGCCUUGAUUUGAAUCUUGAAUUCCAUACACAUACGCAUUUGCAUCAGGGUUUUAAUUUUGGAUUGUAAAUGCAGGGAUUUUGAUGUGCUUGAAUUGGGGGAUUUGAGUUAAGGGAACAAGUUGUGCAAGGUUUUUAUGGUAAGGAUAUGGCUUGGUUUGGUAGUAGGGUUUCUUUGGGGGGCUUCCCUGAUCUAGCUGGGGCGGUGAACAAGCUCAGUGAGAGCGUGAAGAAUAUUGAGAAGAAUUUUGAUAGCGCUCUUGGGUUUGAGGAGAAGUCUGAUUCCAGCAGCAAUGAAGCUUCGGGAUUGUGGCCUUCAGACAGGAAGACUCUAUUUGAUCCUGUUAUGGCUUUUAUGGGUCAAAAAAGUGAGGAAAGUAGUAAUGUUGAUUCAUCAGGGAAACCUGAAUCUUCAAAGAAUUCACUUAAAGGUGAGGAAAAACAAGAGGUUGAAACUGAUGAGGUAAUACAUUCGCUCUCUGGGCAAGCCAAUGUUGAAGAAAAACAAGUACUCAAGACUGAUAAAGAUGAGCAUCCUGAGGCUGCAGAGGAAUCAGAUACUGUAGUUUCACACCCUUACAAAGCUGAGGCUGAAUUAGAAACUGUGUCUGUUGAGCCUGCUGAAUCAGUUGUUGAGAACAUUGAUGCAUCAGAUUCUCAUGACAAUGCACAACAGAAAGAAAGUUCUGGUUUGGGACUUUCUAAAAAUUCAGAGUCAGUGGAUGCAGAUAUGGAUGUUAAGGGUGUAACUGUUGUGCCAGCAGAGUCACGUCAUGUUGUUGAUAUACAUGAAGGUAUGGAUGAACAAAAGACACAAGCAGAAGACCUCAUAGAGAAAGGUUCACUGGUUCAAUCUGAAGCAUCAGAUGAGAGCCAGGCUAGAGACCAGACUGAGUUUUCUGGUUUGUAUUCUGCUAUUGUUGAGGAGGCUGACAGUUCUCCUGAACUUUCUUUGCCUGUUGCACAUCCUUCAGAUGAUGUCCUGGAAGUGGUUUCUGAAUCAAUUUCUAUUGAAAAUGAUGCAAAGGUUAAAGGAGUUGAAGUGGAUGAGCAAGUGAGGAAUGACAAGACUGAUUCUAAAGAAGAGCAAGGCUUGAAAUUUGAAACCAAUGAGCCUAGCUCAGCCGAUUCUGUGCUUGAAUUGGAGAAAGUGAAGAUGGAGAUGAAAAUGAUGGAAUCCGCUUUGCAAGGUGCUGCUAGGCAAUCUCAGGCCAAAGCUGAUGAGAUUGCAAAGUUGAUGAAUGAAAAUGAGCAACUAAAAGCUGUGGUUGAGGAUUUGAAGAGACAAUCCAGGGAUGCAGAAAUUGAGUCUUUGCGAGAAGAGUACCAUCAGAGGGUUGCAACCCUUGAAAGGAAGGUUUAUGCUCUUACUAAGGAAAGGGAUACGCUUCGUAGAGAGCAGAACAAAAAAAGUGAUGCAGCAGCUCUUUUGAAGGAAAAAGAUGAGAUAAUCACCCAAAUUAUGGCUGAAGGUGAAGAGCUUUCAAAAAAGCAGGCCGCCCAAGAAUCUCAAAUUAGGAAAUUAAGAGCUCAGAUUAGAGAACUUGAGGAAGAGAAGAAAGGUCUGACUACGAAGCUUCAGGUUGAAGAGAACAAAGCAGAGAGUAUCAAGAAGGACAAGACAGCUACAGAGAAGCUGCUGCAAGAAACAAUAGAAAAACACCAAGUGGAACUCACAGCUCAGAAAGAGUUCUAUACAAAUGCUUUGAAUGCAGCCAAGGAGGCUGAAGCUUUAGCAGAGGCAAAUGCCAACAAUGAAGCAAGAACUGAAUUAGAGAGUCGUUUAAGGGAGGCAGAGGAACGUGAAGCUAUGCUAGUUCAGACACUUGAAGAAUUAAGGCAAACACUAAUCAGAAAGGAGCAGCAGGCAGUUUUUAGAGAAGACAUGCAUCGCAAGGACAUUGAAGACCUACAAAAACGUUAUCAAGCAAGUGAACGUCGUUGUGAGGAAUUGAUUACACAAGUUCCUGAAUCUACAAGGCCUUUGUUAAGGCAGAUUGAGGCCAUUCAGGAAACAACUGCUAGAAGAGCUGAAGCUUGGGCUGCCGUAGAGAGAUCCUUAAAUUCUCGGCUCCAGGAAGCUGAGGCCAAAGCUGCAGCUGCUGAGGAAAGGGAAAGAUCUGUAAAUGAACGCUUAUCUCAAACAUUAUCUCGAAUUAAUGUUCUUGAAGCUCAGAUUUCGUGUCUUAGGGCAGAGCAAACACAGAUAGGCAGGUCGCUUGAGAAAGAAAGACAAAGAGCAGCUGAAAAUAGGCAAGAAUACCUUUCAGCAAAGGAGGAAGCAGAUACUCUAGAAGGUCAUGUGAACCAGCUUGAAGAAGAAAUUAGGGAGCUAAGACAGAAACACAAGCAAGAGUUGCAAGAUGCUCUGAUGCGCAGGGAACUUCUAGAACAGGAAUUAGAACGGGAGAAGACAGCUCGGUUGGAUUUGGAAAGGUCAUCUCGUGUGCAUUCUACCACUGUAUCUGAUCAACCUCCACUAACAAGGCAUAACUCUACUUUAGAAAAUGGAAGCUUGUCCCGGAAGCUCUCAAAUGCUAGCAGCUUAGGAAGCAUGGAGGAAAGCUAUUUUCUGCAAGCAUCUUUGGAUUCAUCUGAUAGUGUCUCUGAAAGGAGACAUAUUGGAGAAGUAACUAUGAGCCCAUUCUUCAUGAAGAACAUGACACCUAGUGCUUUUGAAGCUGCUCUUCGUCAAAAAGAGGGUGAACUUGCGUCAUACAUGUCCCGACUGGCAUCAAUGGAAUCUAUACGUGAUUCCCUUGCUGAGGAAUUAGUCCAAAUGACAGCACAAUGUGAGAAGUUGAAGACUGAAGCUGCUACAUUGCCUGGCAUACGGGCAGAGCUAGAAGCACUGAGAAGGAGGCACGCUGCUGCUCUGGAGCUAAUGGGUGAACGCGAUGAGGAGCUGGAGGAACUUCGCAACGAUAUUGUAGACUUGAAGGAAAUGUACAGAGAGCAAGUGAACUUGCUUGUGAAUAAGAUUCAAAUAUUGGGUUCUUCAAUGGGUAACAGCACCUCAUAAGCAAUCCUUUUGUGGUAUUUAAAAGACAUGACAUCCUACAGUUUGUAGUAAACACAACCUGUCCAACAAAAAUUUUGCUCCUACACUGGUUAUCAUGUAUUUUUAUACAGGAGUCUGUACCUUUUUCCAAUCAUAUGUUGUAUAGAACAAAACAUUACAUGACAAAUCGGAUGUUUAUGCAGAUUGAAUGUGAUGCUAGAUUGGUGAUUUGUUUUCGAAAUAAAAGAUUAAUUCAUUU